AUGAGAUGCUACUACGUCCUUAUAGCAAUAGCUGCCGUCCUGAGUGGAAUUGCAACGGCAGCUGCAGACUCAAGGCACAACAAGUUAGCUGCGGUCGAUAGUGACAAGACUACCGAUAGAGUGGAGCUAUUUCUGCGUCGGAAUGAUGAAUUGGACGCUGAGAACACUGAUGAACGGAUAGUAGCGGGCGCCAUACCCCUCAACGCCAGAAUAAUUAAGAGGCUCGUCAAACUCGAAAAGAAAAUGGUCGAUCCAAAGUUGGCCGAUGACUUGCUGGAAGGAACCACACUUAAAACGGAACUCGACGCUGCCCUCCCAUAUGCAGGGAGGACACAAGUAUUCGAGCGCUGGCACGCACAAGGUCUGGAUCCGAGCUCGAUAACCAAAGCCGUCAACAUACACCCCGCCAUCGAAAAGAAGUACAGGAUUGUCUACAUGAUGUACGAGCUCUUCGUAAAGUCUGCUGAUAAGAAACGACUGGCAAAGCUAAAAAGGAAGAGGACCAACGAUUAA